AUGAGCUUUCAUAGGGUCCUGUUGGUUUUAUUGGUGUUUGGGCUUAUUAGUUCAUGUACAGCUCAGAGCCUGAUUCAAAGGGAUAACUACACCUAUUUCAAUGUGUCUGGUUGCUUAGCAUUCUUUGCUCGUUCGAUUUCUGUAAAAUUCGUUAGCGGUAAAACAGCCAGUAUCGUUCCUAUACCAGCAAGUUCAUUGUCACUUUCUCCACUCAGUAAAUGCUCUGACUUAAAAUCGUUGCUCGUUUUCACAUCAUCAAACGUUAAUGAAAUCUCCGACCUUAAUGUCAGCUUGGGUUUUAGCAAAUCUGGCCGUUAUUGGAGUGUGUCUGAAUCAUCUGUUAGUAUCAAGUGUCAAUCAGGUUCCAAAUCAUGCGUCAAUGUAGCUGGAAAUCCCUUGAUUAUCAAAUGGGCUGGAGCCCCUAUCAAUCUUGGUUACAAGUGUACUAAGCCUUCAGUCGCGCCAGUAAUCUUACCGUCAGAAUCUGGGAAUUCAGUUUCUCUUCAGUUUACUAGCAUCCAGGUCCAACCAUUCGGCGUAAAAGAUGGUGUGUUUGGUGAUGUUACAGAUUGUGUCGGGUACUUCAGUAUUGGUGUCUGGUCAUCACUGAUUGUUUCUAUUCUUUUGGUUUCUGUUUUAACAUAUGGUUUAGUUAUGUUGGCAUCUGUACAGCCUAGUGAAAUAUAUGAAGAUCCUAAAAAGAAAAUGAUUCAGCUUGAUGCUGUACAAGGAUGUAGUAUAUUUUAUCAAUUAGAUUUUAAAUGGAAAAAAGCAUUAUGUGAUUCAGAAUUAAAUAAAUUAAAAGAAAUUCCAUUAAAUUUACCAAUUAAUUUAAUUGAAUUACGUAUUAUACAUCAAUCAAUUCAAAAAUUAAAUAAACAUUCAUUCAAUUCAUUAAUACAUUUAGAAUUAUUACAUAUUGAAUCCAGUGAAUUAAAACAUAUUGAAUCAGAUACAUUUAAACAAUUAAUAUCAUUAAAAUAUAUUAAUUUACGUAAUAAUUCAUUAAAAUUUAUUACAACAAGUAGUCGUCAUGGCAACAAGAACAACAACCAUAAUAAUAAUAAUAAUAGUAUUAAUAAUAAUAUUGAUGAGAAUAAUAAACAAGAAGGUUUUCCUAUUGAUUUAUUACAUUAUUUACCUAAUUUAAUAUCAUUAAAUUUAGCUGAAAAUCCUAUUGAUUUUAUACCAGAUUCAUUUUUUAAUAAUUUAUAUCAAUAUAAUUAUCAAUUAAAAUAUUUAUGGUUAAAUUCAGUAAAAUCAAAUGGUAUAAAAUUUGAAUCGAAUAUUAUUAUUAAACCAUUAAUACAAUUACGUUUAUUAGAUUUAAGUUAUACAGGUUUACAUUAUUUACAUGAAUCUAAUGAAUUAUCAUUAAAUAAUAUGAUUUAUUUAAAUGAAUUCUAUCUUGGUGGUAAUCCAUGGUUAUGUGAUUGUAAAAUAAAUUGGUUAAAAUUAUGGUUUUUAAAAAGAACCACCUCCUUAACUAUGAUAUCCUCCUCGAUGACAUCGUCAUCGUCACCAUCCUCAUCAUCAUCAUCCUCAUCACCACUACCACCAUCAUUGAAUCCGAUACAAUAUAAACAAAAUAAAACAAAUUCUAAUGGUAUUGUAGAAUUAAUUGAACCAUUAUGUUAUAAACCAGAUUUAUUAAAAGGUAAAUUAAUUUUAUCAAAUAAUCAAUAUAAUUCAUUACAAUUUAAUGAUUUAUAUUGUAAUCCACAAAUUUUUACAUUAAAUCAAAAUAAAACUAUUUAUUAUAAUCAUACAAUGUUAUUAACAUGUCAUUAUUAUGCUAUACAUAUAUAUCAUUUAUUAUGGUAUAAAAAUAAUAAAUUAUUAUUCAUACAUAAUACAACACAUUAUAAUAUUAAUUAUGGGAAAUUAGGCGCUAAUUUUUAUUCAAAUUUAUUAAUUCAUUCAACAAAUGAACAUGAUACUGGUUUAUGGAGUUGUGUAUUAAAUAAUCAAUAUCGUACAAUAUUUCAUGUCAGUAUUUUAAAUUCUGAUGGAACAAUUCUUUAUUCAAAUGAGAAUAAUCACGAUAAUGAGAAUGGGAAUGGGAAUGGGAAUGGAAAUGGAAAUGGGAAUAGAAAUUCAUUAUUACAUAAAUUAUUUCAAUUAUUUGGUAUAAAUAAUCAAACAAAAUAUUGGAUAUAUGCUAGUAUUAUUAUGAUUAUAUUAUUUAUUAUUUUAACAAUUAUUGGUAUAGGAAUAUUUUGUUGCUAUGAACCAAAAUCAUCAUCAUCAUUAUCAAGAUCAUCAAAUGGUAUUAUAAAUGAAAUAAAUAGAAAGAAUAAAUUAAAAUCUAUAUGUAAAUGUCCAUGGAAAUGGAUCCAUGCUAGACAUUAUCGUCUUCGUCAUUCUCGUCGUCAUCGUUGUCAUAGUAACAAUAAUAAUAAUAAUAGUAAUAAAAAGACCAAAGUUAAUAAAGAUGAUUCAAUCAGUAGUUUAUUAGUAACAACUCAUGAUGAACAAAAAAUUAAUGAUAAUAAUGAUAUAAAAUUAAUAAAUAAUCAUAUGAAAGAGGAUACAGUUUGUGUAAAUUUCAAUUUAAAUACAAUUGUCACUACCACCAGCACCACCAACACCACCACCACCUCAACAACAACAACAACAACAACAACAGUGAUAACAACGAAUACUAUUUCUCAUUCAAAUAUUGAUAUAAAUCAUACAGAGAAUAAUGAUAAUAUAUUAUUAAGAAGAAAUAUAGAUGAAAAUCGUUUAUUAAAUAUAUUUUGUUGUCCUACAAAUACAACACGUGAUGUUCAAUUAGUUACUAUACCUAUAACUAGUUCAUCAUCUUUAUCAUUAUCAACACAUUUAGGUGAAUCAUUUAUACAAGGAACAAUGGUUACUGAUGAAAAACAUGUUCUAGUAUCAUGUGAUAGUCCAGAACCAAAAUUAUUAAUUACUACAAAUGAAAUAAUACCUUCUUCAAAUAUUUCUUCAUUAGAUUAUUCCAAUUGCUUACAACAACAACAACAACAACAACAACAAUCAUUAAAUGUUACAUCUCAACAAAAUUAUACUGAAUGGAAUGGGAAUGGUUGUUAUUCAUCAUCAUCACCAUCAUUAUUAUCAUCAUCACAAUUUCCUGGAAUUUAUACAUCGAAUCAAACAAUAAUUGAUACAUCAAAACCAUGUCCUGUACAUGGAAUGAUGAAUUUGAAACAGAUAGAAAUGAAUUAUAAUAUACCUUCUAAUACUACUAUAGAUAAUAAUCAUCUAAAUAGAAAACAAUUAUCAAAUUAUAAAAAAGUCAAUUCAAUUUAUUCAGAUCAUUCUAAUCAUUCAACUAUAUUGACUGAUACACAUUUAUCAAAUGGUGUAUAUAUAGAUUCUCAUAAUCAAAAUAAUGAUCAUUAUAACAAUGAAAUAGAACUGAUACAAAAUUAUUCAAAUCCUUUAUUACAAAAAGAUCAUUUCAAUAAAACUAAUAUAAAAUGGUCUAUAGAUUCACAAUCUCAAGGAACUUGUCCAUUACAUGGAAAUCAAACAUUCUUACAAACAAAUAAUCAAUUAAACUAUAAUGAUCAAGAAGAUAUUACAUUACAAAAUGAUAAACAUUUAAAUAAAUCAAUUAUUCAUGAACAAUCUAAUUAUCUUAUAGAUCCUUGUUACCAUGGUACACUAGAUAAUCAAGACGUAUCAAUGUGUUCAUCAAAUAAACAAACUAAUAUACAAUUAAAUAAUCUUCAUAAACAUCAUUAUAAUUUAUCAUUAAAUUCUAUUCAAUCAAAACAAAUGAUUUAUACAUUAAAUAAUGAAAUAGAAUCUUAUGAUGAAAGUUCAUUUUCUGAAAAUUUAUUACAUAAUAAUUGUAUUUCUCAUUCAUCUACAUCGUCAAUUUCAUCUUCAAUCAAUUCAACUUCAUCAUUUAAUCAACAUUUUAAAUAUAUUUAUUCAUUAAAUCAUACAGGAUUAAAUUCAAUUUGUUCAUCUUUAUCAAAUCAAAUCAAUUUAGCAACAGCAGCUGUUUCGGCUGCUUCUGCUGCUUCUGCUUCUGGUUCAGCUUCUGCUUCAGCUAAUGCUACUAUUCAUCUUGUACAACAACCAUCUCCACCUUCAUUAAAGUUUUGUCCUUCUUCAAAAUUAUUAAGAAAUCGAUCAAAUAGUACAAUGAAUUAUUCACAUAAUCGAAUGAAUUAUGAUAUAUUGAAUAAUUUUAAAUGUCCUAUACAUUCCUUAACAAUGAAUCGUAGAUCAAUACCACAUCAAUUAUUCUAUGAUGCUUAUAAUCAUCGUGAAAAUAUGCGUCAAUAUAAUUAUGAUACAACUACUGAUAAUAACAUCAGUACUCUUCGAGUGACUACUUUACCAACACGAUUCAGGAAAGUCAAUCAUAAUAUUAUUAUUAAUAAUAAUAAUAAUAAACGUAAUAGAAGUAGUAGUAGUAGUAAUAGUAGUAGUAAUAGUAGUAGUACUAGUAAUAACAGUAGUACUACUAAUGAUAAUAAUAAUAAUAGUAGUAUUAUAAAUCAUAUGGCUUCCAUUAGAAAAUUCUCUAGUCAACAUAAUGUACAAUCAAAUUAUUCAUCGACUAUUCAAAGUUUAGAUAAAUUUUUUAAUAAAUCUUUACAAAAAUCUAUAUUACGUCCCGGUUCUAAACAUAAAUUAGAUACAGAAAGUGAUUCAGAUAGUAAUCAUAAUCAUAAUCAUAAUAAUAAUAAUAAUACAUCAGAAGAAAAUAAUUUUUAAUUUUAUUGAUUUUUAUCGAUUAGUAUACACAAACAAAAAAUGUAUUAGUAUCCGGGGGGAGAAAUUCCCUGUAUAUAUAUAUACAUAUAUAUAUAUAUGUAAAUGUUUAUGAUGUAAUGAGUAAUCGUCUUUUUUUUCUAAAUUUGCCGCCACAUUUUAAAUUUCAUUGAUUAUCAUAUACAUAUUAUGAUAUUUAAACAAGGAGGGGGGGAUAUUGAUUUUUUUGUUUUUUG